AAUCUCCAUCUAAACACAAAGUAAACUUUCAUAUAUCAAUAUUUGUAUCUUUGAAGGUUCCAAAAAUGACAACAAUUAGGAAAAAUAGCAAUGAGCCUAUCAACAACCAUGUUGGUUUGAAUGGUUUCCAAAAUCAUGUAACUAAUGAUAGUAUGAAUAAUAAACCAAAUUGUAGUAUCCAAAAUAAAGCUUUGUUGGUUAAAAAUGAGAGUGACACCCUUGGUCACCACAUUGCAAAACGUUUAGUUGAAAUUGGAAUCAAUGAUGUGUUUGCUGUACCUGGAGAUUUUAACCUUACACUUCUUGAUUAUUUAGUAGCUGAACCUGAAAUUAAUCUAAUUGGAUGUUGUAAUGAGUUAAAUGCUGGUUAUGCCACUGAUGGAUAUGCUAGAUGUAGAGGUGUUGGUGCAUGUGUUGUUACUUUUAAUGUUGGCGGACUUAGCAUUCUUAAUGCUAUUGCUGGUUCUUAUAGUGAAGAUCUUCCAAUUAUAUGCAUUGUUGGUGCCCCAAAUUCCAAUGAUUUUGGAAGUAACAAGAUUCUCCAUCAUACCAUUGGUUUACCUGAUUUUAGUCAGGAACUUCGUUGUUUUGAGCCUGUAACUUGUCAUCAGGCUGUAAUAAAAGAUAUAGAUGAUGCACAUGAAAAGAUUGAUACAGCCAUUGCAAUAGCUCUAAGAGAAAGCAAGCCUGUAUAUAUCAGUAUAGCCUGCAACUUGCCUACCAUCCCUCAUUCUUCCUUCACUGACCAAUCUAUCCCUUUUUAUUUGACUCCCAAAGUGACUAAUCAAAUGAGUUUGGAAAUUGCUGUGGAAGCAACAACAAAAUUGUUAAACAAAGCAACCAAACCAGUAAUGGUAGGUGGUCCAAUGAUGCGUAUAUCGAAAGCUAGUGAAGCUUUCAUGGAAGUAGCAGAUGCAUCAGGUUAUGCAAUAGCAGUCUUACCUUCAGCAAAAGGUAUGGUAUCAGAAAAUCACCCUCACUUCAUUGGCACCUAUUGGGGUGUAGCUAGCACUUCUUUCUGUGCAGAAAUUGUUGAAUCUGCUGAUGCAUACUUAUUUGCUGGUCCAUUAUUCAAUGAUGUUAUCACAAUGGGACACUCACUACUAAUCAAAAAGGAAAAGGCCAUUACAGUACUUCCUAAUAGAGUUGUUAUUGGAAAUGGACCUACUUUUGGAAAUAUUUCAAUGAAGGAAUUUUUUAAAGCGCUUACGAAAAGACUCGAACGCAACGCGACUGCUAUUGAGAACUACAAAAGAAUUUUCAUACCAGAUGGUUUUCCAGUUCAAUGUAAUCCUAAGGAGGCUUUAAGAAUCAAUGUUUUGUUCAGACACAUAGAAAAAAUGUUGUCAUGUGACAGUGCUGUGAUUGCUGAAUGUGGUGAUGCUUGGUUUAACAGUCAGAAGUUGAAACUUCCACAAGGAUGCGGGUAUGAAUGUCAAUUGCAAUAUGCAUCAUUAGGCUGGUCAAUUGGUGCAACUCUUGGAUAUGCAAAAUCUAAUCCCCAAAAGAGAGUCAUUGCAUGUAUUGGUGAUGGUUGUUUCCAGGUGGCUGGACAGGAAGUCUCAACAAUGUUGCGAUGGGGACAAAAUGUCAUCAUCUUUCUAAUCAACAAUGGUGGUUACACAACUGAGGCAGAAAUUCAUGAUGGGCCUUACAAUGUGAUAAAAAAUUGGAACUAUGCUGGACUAAUUGAAACAAUAGACAAUGGUGAAGGAAAGUGUUUUACUGCCAAGGUGCAUUGUGAGGAAGAGCUAAUAGAAGCAAUAAAUACAACAAUGGAGAGUAAAAAGAAUUGUCUAUGUUUCAUUGAAGUGGUUAUGCACAAAGAUGACACAAGUAAGGAACUGCUUCAGUUGGGAAAUAGGCUAGCUGCUCUCAAUGGACGUUUGCCUCAACAUAACUAAAGAUCAUAAAUAAUAUAGUCUUGUCGAAAUAAUAAUGGUGCACCGUACUUCUGAAAAAUUCGCGGUCAAUCCAAACAUGCAUUUAAGUUCUUCCGUAGGAAUAAUAUGUUCGGCUAUAUGUUAUUUAGCAGGAAGAGAGUUCCCUGCAUGGUUUCACAUUAAUUCUUAUUCAAUUGCUAAUAAGAAAAUGUUUCAUUUUUUUUUUCAUCUCUCAA